AUGUCGAAAGUGAAACAUUUACUGCGAAAACUGCAUAUCGGGGAUCAUCAACACCAAGAUAGACCGGCCGUACUCGAUCCGUCCCCUCAAACGACGCCGUCUCAAUCUUCGUUGCCAUCUUCACCUUCAUCUGACCCGCACCCGAUUUCGGCUCAACCUGCUUCGGAUUCAAUGGAAAAUGAGAAUUCUGUUUCUCAUUCUCAUUCUAAUUCUGAUAGUAAUUUUAAUUUCUUCGAGGAGGAGUUUCAAGUUCAAUUGGCACUUGCUAUUAGUGUGUCGGAUCCAGCUCAAAAUCAUGACCCGGAAACCGCCCAGAUCAACGUCGCCAAGCAAAUAAGUCUUGGGUGCUCACCGACUCAAUCCCUUGCCGAAUUUCUCUCGCUUCGUUACUGGAGCUACAAUGCCAUAAAUUAUGAUGAGAAAGUAAUUGACGGGUUCUAUGAUGUUUGUGGAAUUGAUUCGAAUUUGCUGUCCCAAUCAAAAAUGCCAUCGCUGGUAGACCUUCAAUUAUUUUCUGUUUUGGAUCACGUUGGUUCUAAGGUUGUUUUAGUGAACCGCACACUUGACACAGAACUGCGGGAACUUGAGGAAAAAGCUUACUUCAUUUCCGUGGAGGGCCUAGCUCUGGAAAGGGGUACAAGUUAUUUAGUUCAAAAAAUUGCUGACAUUAUUGUUGACAGAAUGGGAGGUCCUGUUAAUGAUGCUGAAGAAAUGUUGAAAAGGUGGAGAGCAAGGUGUUAUGUUGUGGAAACACGGAAGAAAUGUUUAAAAUGUGGAAAGCGAGAUUCACGACAGAGAGCUUUGCUCUUUAAGGUACUUGCUGAUAGGAUCAACCUUCCAUGUAAGCUAGUAAAAGGUAGUUAUUACACUGGCACUGAUGAAGGAGCUGUGAACUUGAUCAGAUUGGACAACGGAAGUGAAUACAUUGUUGAUCUAAUGGGUGCUCCGGGCACUCUAAUCCCUGCCGAGGUGCCUUGUAGUCAUCAUCAAAAUUUUAACUUAGAUGCAAGGAGUAUUACACAUGUUGUAGGGACCACCAAAAGUUCAUGUUCAACAUUUGACGAAGAAGCUGGAAGCGGUUCACUUAUGCCUAAUAAUGAAGAAACUUUCAAAAUAAAAAGUUCAAGUUCAGAAUCAUCUUCCAUUUUCCCCAAGUCAAAGAGAAAUGGCAGGGCUAUCGCACUAUCAUUAAGCGGAGUUUGUGAAGAGUCAGCAGGUGCUGGAAAAAAAGCAUCAGCAAGACAGAAAUUGCAAGUUGAAAACGUUUCCAAAUGUGUAAUCGAUGCCGCAAGAGAUCCAGAAUUUGCUGGAAAACUUCAUGCUGUUUUGUCAGAGAAUUAUGUGACAUCAAACCCAGAUGUGCUUUUGAAUAUGAAUUCCCACGAUCUUGGAGAGGACAAAGUGUUUGCUAAAAAUGAAUCAGUGAGAGGUGAAAGGGUGAUUAAUACUUGGCGUCAUCCAGAGAAGUUCUUUUCCAAAAAAGAGAAAGCUCUUGUACCAUAUUCCGGAGUGCAGAUAUUUAGCAAGGUUUUAUGUGACAGCAGCAAAAACCAUACUGUUGAAGGGUUGGCAGCACAGCAGAUUAAACCGGAUUCGGCUGUCUCUAAUCCGGGAUAUAAUGUAUAUUCUAAUACUCCAGCAGAGGAAUGUAUGCUUUUCAAAGGUAGAACUGAUGAAGUGAUCCAUGAUGAUGAUAAUGACUUGGGUGCUGGCUGUGCCAAUUUGUGUGGCAAGAUAGACAAGUCUUCUGUGGAAGUGACAGAAAUAGCCUGCAGUAACCAGUCUAUUACUAGCAAGAAUCAGGAAAUGAAAAAUGACCCUGUCCUGAGUGGUGUUGCCGAAAUUUCAUGGGAGGAUCUUCAGAUUGGUGAACGCAUUGGCAUAGGUUCAUAUGGUGAAGUUUAUAGGGCAGAAUGGAAUGGCACAGAAGUUGCAGUAAAGAAAUUCAUGAAUCAAGAUAUCUCUGGUGUUGCACUCACACAAUUUAGAUGCGAGAUUGAGAUCAUGCUGAGAUUGAGACAUCCUAAUGUUGUUCUUUUCAUGGGAGCUGUAACUCGGCCUCCAAAUCUGUCCAUAUUGACUGAGUUUCUACCAAGGGGUAGUUUAUUUAAACUGCUGCAUCGUCUCAAUAUCCAAAUUGAUGAAAAGAGGCGAAUAAAAAUGGCUCUCGACGUGGCCAGAGGAAUGAAUUACUUACACACUAGUCACCCUAUCAUCGUGCAUCGAGAUUUGAAGACUCCCAAUCUCCUAGUUGACAAAAACUGGGUGGUUAAGGUCUGUGAUUUUGGGAUGUCACGUUUGCAGCACAGUACAUUUCUGUCUUCCAAGUCAGCUGCUGGAACUGCGGAAUGGAUGGCACCAGAGGUUCUAAGGAAUGAGCCAUCGAAUGAGAAAUCUGAUGUAUAUAGUUUUGGAGUAAUAUUGUGGGAAUUGGCAACUCUUCGUGUACCAUGGAUGGAAAUGAACUCCAUGCAGGUUGUUGGAGCUGUUGGAUUUCAGGGUAGGCACCUUGAGAUUCUGCCCACUAUUGAUCCAUUGGUCGCAGAGAUAAUUAGUGACUGUUGGAAUCGAAAUCCACAGGCACGCCCUUCUUUUAAGCAGAUUAUCAGCCGACUGAGGUGUUUGCAGCGUCUAAAUUUGCAGAGAGAGACUCGUGCAUCUCAGCAGUUGUCAGAAAAGGAAGUGUUGGUUCAUUCGAAGUGGGGACUCAACACAACCAAGUGGAUAUCCUCCUCGUCGACAGUGGCACAAAGUGCAGUCGGGAGGGUAAUGAUGGAGAACUGUUGGUGGCUAAACACUUCAGGGUAA